CUUAUACCUGCUAGCAUUGAAUCAGAAUGAGUCACUGAAACUUGGGUGCCGGAACAAAGUACUUGCAAACUGCCUUAUGAGACACUGCCUCCAUGUAGGUGGGAUAUACCUCUCAGAGCAGUCACAUUUUUUUUCUCUCUUCUCUCUCCUUCAAGCAGGCAAGAAUUCUGACGUUCUCAAGAGACCAGCUCUUCCCCGGGUGGCUCAAAGGACCCUACCAUGUGGAUUCUGCUUCUCCAGGUGGGGACUGGAGUUUUGAAAUAAAAUGGAUGAUUUGACGUUACUUGAUCUUCUGGAGUGCCCUGUGUGCUUUGAGAAACUCGAUGUCACGGCCAAAGUCCUCCCUUGCCAGCACACCUUCUGCAAACCAUGUCUACAGAGGGUUUUCAAGGCCCACAAGGAGCUGCGGUGCCCCGAAUGCAGGACGCCAGUGUUUUGCAGCAUCGAGGCGCUACCGGCCAACCUGCUGCUCGUGCGCCUUCUAGAUGGCGUGCGCUCAGGGCAGAGCUCAGGAAGAGGGGGCUCCUUCCGCAGGCCCGGCACGAUGACCUUGCAGGAUGGCAGGAAAAACAGGUCCAACCCCAGACGUCUGCAGGCCAGUCCUUUCCGGCUAGUGCCUAAUAUCAGAAUCCACAUGGAUGGGGUGCCUCGAGCAAAGGCCUUAUGCAACUACAGAGGGCAGAAUCCUGGUGACCUCAGGUUUAAUAAGGGAGAUGUCAUUCUUCUCCGGAGACAGCUUGAUGAGAAUUGGUACCAGGGGGAAAUCAAUGGCAUCAGCGGGAUCUUCCCAGCCAGCUCUGUGGAAGUCAUCAAGCAGCUGCCCCAGCCACCCCCACUCUGCAGGGCCCUCUACAACUUCGACCUACGAGGCAAGGACAAGAGUGAGAACCAGGAUUGCCUCACCUUCCUCAAGGAUGAUAUCAUCACUGUGAUCAGCCGAGUGGAUGAGAACUGGGCAGAAGGCAAGUUAGGAGAUAAAGUAGGCAUCUUCCCUAUCUUGUUUGUAGAGCCAAACCUCACCGCAAGACACCUUCUAGAAAAGAACAAAGGUCGCCAGUCAUCCCGCACAAAAAACCUGUCCCUGGUGUCCUCAUCCUCCAGAGGCAACACACCCACCCUCCGUAGGGGACCCGGGUCCAGGAGGAAGGGGCCUGGGCAGUUUUCCAUCACAACAGCCUUGAACACGCUCAACCGGAUGGUCCAUUCUCCUUCAGGGCGCCAUAUGGUAGAGAUCAGCACCCCAGUGCUCAUCAGCUCCAGCAACCCCUCUGUGAUCACCCAGCCCAUGGAGAAAGCAGACGUUCCCUCCAGCUCGGCGGGGCAGGUCAGCACUUAUCACCCCGCACCUGCCUCUCCAGGACAUUCCACAGCCGUGGUCAGUCUGCCUGGCUCCCAGCAACACCUCUCAGCGAACAUGUUUGUAGCCCUGCACUCCUACUCAGCCCAUGGACCUGAUGAGCUGGACCUGCAACGGGGAGAAGGCAUCAGGGUCCUGGGGAAGUGCCAGGACGGCUGGCUCAGGGGCGUCUCCUUGGUCACCGGGCGAGUUGGCAUCUUCCCAAACAAUUACGUCAUCCCCAUUUUCAGAAAGACCUCUAGUUUUCCAGACUCCCGGAGCCCUGGUCUCUACGCCACAUGGACGUUAUCCACCUCCUCUGUGUCCUCCCAAGGCAGCAUUUCAGAAGGUGAUCCCCGGCAAAGCCGUCCCUUCAAAUCCGUCUUUGUGCCCACCGCCAUAGUCAACCCAGUGAGGAGCACAGCCGGCCCUGGGACUUUAGGACAAGGGUCUCUUCGGAAAGGGCGGAGCAGCAUGAGAAAGAAUGGAUCCCUGCAGAGACCCGUCCAGUCUGGGAUCCCCACUCUCGUGGUAGGCUCCCUCAGACGCAGCCCCACCAUGGUCGUUCGGCCUCAGCAGUUCCAAUUCUACCAGCCACAGGGGGUCCCCUCUUCCCCCUCGGCCGUGGUGGUGGAGAUGGGGCCCAAGCCUGCCCCCACGGGGGAGCCCGCCCUCACGUGCAUCAGCAGGGGCAGCGAGGCCCGGAUCCACUCGGCAGCCAGCUCCCUCAUCAUGGAAGGCAAGGAAAUCCCUGUCAAGAGUGAGCCUCUGCCAAAACCACCUGCGUCUGCCCCACCAUCCAUCUUGGUGAAACCAGAAAACUCAAGAAAUGGCAUCGAAAAGCAAGUCAAAACCGUGAGAUUUCAGAAUUACAGCCCUCCUCCCACCAAACAUUAUACCUCCCAUCCCACCUCUGGAAAGCCUGAACAGCCAGCCACCCUCAAGGCGUCCCAGCCUGAAGCAGCCUCCGUGGGCCCAGAGAUGACCGUACUAUUUGCCCACCGAAGCGGCUGCCACUCCGGACAACAGACAGGCCUCCGGAGAAAGUCAGCUCCUGGCAAGGCCGCAAUCCUGGGGUCCACUUCCUCAGCCAUGCAGACUGUGUUUUCCAGCAAAUGAACCUGCAGGUGGCUUUUCCUGGACCCCAAAGAGAGCCUGCCUUGGUCAUCUUCCCAGGAGGAGCUUGUGACAACUGGGAUGCAGAAGAGAGCAAACAAUCUGCUGGGAUGGAAACUGCUCAAUGGAGAGUUUGUGGACUGCAUGAUAUUCCUUGACCAUCAGGGAUGGUACAGUGAUACCAAUAGUCUGGCCUCCAAGACAGGAGAGUAAUAGGAAGCAAAUCCAUCUUCACCCGCAGUAUUAAUGGGUGGUGGGCCAGAAUGGAAAAAAGCAAGUCAGUCAUAUGCUGUUACAGGUUACACCAGACUCUCAUCCCUCUGUUACUCACUGCUUUUGUCAAAGCCAAACUUUAUCUUGCUAACUUCUCAUAGCUUGGCACCUAACAAAUGACAAGACGGGACAUCCAAUGUCUUCCAGUUUUGUGGUCUGGCCUGUCUCUCCAGAUCAGACUUAGAGUGAUGCAGAGAUGACUUAAUAUUCUCUUUGAUGUUCAAUCCGAAGAGGCCAAUGCUUCAGCACAAUGUCCACUAGCCAUCACCCCCAGCCUGGUUCCCCAUCAAGCAUCCUGCAUCACUCUGCCACAUCUUUAUUCUUUUCCAAUCUGUCUUUUCCCAUGAUACCCUCUGACCCAAAGGAUUUCUAAUAAAACGUAGUGAUCAAGGAAAUAAAGACUUGGUACCUAAAGA